ACGAAGAAACGGGGGAGUCCGUCUGGUGAUGGAGCGCGGGCGCCGAGUGAGAACCACUGCACACAGUGUUGGAGGAGCACAAUAUCGCAUAUACUCACGCACUAUUUUCCUUAUAUUACGCCACAUUGCGCUACGAAGAAGCGUGGCGUGAGAGGCGAGAAACGUUAGGCAAACUCGGCUGGUCUUCGAUUCUCAUCCGGUGAUUUACGGCCAAGUGGACGGUAACACGUCACUACCUCCUGUCCCCGCUCCCACCAUCGCUGCGUUGUACGCCAUUGGUACGCGCCGUGACGAAGCAGUCGCCGCGCUGGUUGGUCGGACACGGUUAGUCACUGUCGAAGUCUCGUAGCGCCAGUUCAUCAUUGAAGACCUUACCGCCUCGUUCGCCAGAAGGAACCCGCCGUCCCCGAUAUCACAAAAUGGUUGGAGAGGUGUGCCUCAUCGAAAACUUAGAAGACUUGACCAGCAAGCUUGAGAAAGCAGGUGAUAAGUUGGUGGUGAUUGAUUUCUUUGCUAUAUGGUGUGGACCAUGCAAGAUGAUUGGACCUAAGGUGGCGGAGUUGGCAAAGGAAAUGGAGGAUGUUAUCUUUCUCAAAGUUGAUGUGGAUGAAUGUGAAGAUGUUGCUGCACAAUAUCAAAUAAGCAGUAUGCCCACAUUUGUUUUUAUAAAAAACUCCAAAGUGCUGGAGUCCUUUGCUGGCGCAAAUUACGAUAAACUUAAAAAUACAAUUCAAAAGCACAAGUAAUUCGCUCUGUCAUGAUCGUUUAAAUAUAUUAUAUUUUUAAGUGAAAUUACUUAAUUAGCAUUGUUUUACACAAACAAUAUAUAUAGCUUCUAUAUAUAAUAUAUAGAGGUUUUAAAUAUGAAUGAAAUUUUACUUAGCUUUAUGCAUGUUGAAAAGGGAUGAGGCAAAGUCAGUUUUUCUGCAAAAAAGAUGUAAUCAGCUUAUAAAUAUCUAUAAACAAUAUAUUAAGUAAACAAAAGCAGUUUACAAUAUUUAUAUGUAACUAGUUAUGAAAAUUUAUCCACGACUGCAAAUAUUUAAUGCAAAAUGAUAAAAUUGUAGUUAUGAUAUUGUUAAGCCUGUUAUAAUAAUAGCAUGCUAUGCUACAAUUUGCACGAUUAAACAUGCAUUUGUAAAUGUAUACUAGUAUAUAUUUUAUAUUUGUCAUUUUACGUAUGAAUAUGCCAUGCGAAUCGAUACUGCUAAUAAACUACAACAAAUUUCUUAACAAUGCAAA